GUUUGAGUUACCAAAUGUUGGUGACUGAAUUGCAGACGAAUAAAAAAUAAACUAUACUUUCCUCACAAAUAUGCUUUAAGCAAAAAGUAUUAUGAUUUGACAAUACUGAGAAAAGUUGAUUUUACAUGUUAUUCGGCUACAAUUCAGUCAUUUGGUUACUCAUUUCUUUUUUGUGUUUAAUUUCUUUAUGUUCUUUAAUUCAUUAAUUAAUUUCUUUAUUAAGCCGGAUAAAAAGUAAAUUACAUUCCUCACAAAUAUACUUUAAGCAAAAAGUAAUAUGAUUUAAAAAUACUGAGGAAAGUACAAAUGUAAUCACAUUUCAUCUUGAGUAGUAAUGUAAGUUGUGUUAAAAAUAGUACACUUGAGUCCAGAUCCUAAAGUAAUAACGUUACAUUUAGAUCCACACGAGCGUUUUGAUAUUGAUCAACGGAUGUUAUUUGUUUACUUUGUAUUUAAUGUUACUGAACUGAAAGACUAUCAGGUGAACUGUCACAUCAGCUCAGGACUGUCAGCGCAACUCUAUUUCGACUCCAAGGCGUUAACUGCUUGUAUUAUCUGACCCUUCUAUCUUACACUAAUGAGCGGCGCCCCCUAGUGGCACCACCGUGGGAGUGUCUCUCCCUGCAGUUCUUCACUGUCAAUGCUAAAGUGGCAGAGCUAGCGGCGGUGAUCAGCAGUGGGUGCUGAAACAGGAGUGAGUCCGCGGGCUGUUAGGGCAUUGUGCUAUUCAUGAACCUCUACACUUGCGUAGCGGAGGGAACGUCGAUCACGUUGCACUCAAGUAUUUAUGGAGAGUGUUAAUGGAGAGCGUUGUCUACAUUACAAACAUCCAUAAGUAAGUCGGGGCUCUGAAAUUCUAUGCGUGGUCACAGUUUUCUCGUCUGGCCACACCGUAUACAUGCCAUAAAUGCCUAGAAAAGAGAGGAGUCCUCGAACUUCCAAUGUGAUGCAUCUGUACAAGAGGAAAAUCACUCGACUAAGAUGGGUAAUAAGCAAACGAUAUUUACUGAUGAACAGCUAGACGCCUAUCAGGACUGCACGUUUUUCACACGCAAGGAAAUCCUUCGGUUACAUGGAAGAUUCCAUGAACUGGCUCCACAUUUAGUUCCUAUGGACUACACAGACGAUCCUGAUGUUAAAAUCCCUUUAGCUCUCAUAGUCAACAUGCCAGAACUGAAGGAAAACCCAUUCCGGAACAGGAUUGUGGAGUCCUUCUCCGAGGACGGCCUGGGGAACCUCAGCUUCAAUGAUUUUGUGGACAUGUUUUCGGUCCUGAGUGAGAUGGCCCCUAGAGAGCUAAAAGCCAUUUAUGCUUUCAAAAUAUAUGAUUUCAAUGUUGAUAAUUACAUCUGCAAGGAGGACCUUGAGAAGACUCUGAACAAGCUGACGAAGGAGGAGCUGACUCCAGAGGAGGUGAACUUGGUGUGUGAGAAGGCUAUUGAGGAGGCUGACUUGGAUGGCGACAAUAAACUCUCUUUCGCUGACUUUGAAAACAUGAUCUCCAGGGCUCCUGACUUUUUAAGCACCUUCCAUAUACGAAUCUAAGAGGGCUUUCUUUUUCAUGAGAGAUUACUCAGUCACGCUUCUUUGGAGCUCCUGACUGCAACUUGAAAUCUUCUUGAAAACCUUGGAAAUAUAGAGACCAUAGUAGUGCCUGUCCUCUACAGCUCUGAAGAGUUUUCACCUUGACCUUUUCAAACAGUGCUCACUUGGGGAACCAGGAUUUUGGAUCUCUUUGGCUCUGUAUUUACCUUUUUUUCUGAGGAAGCACAUUUUAGGAAGAGGAAUACAGACAAAAUGCAUGACUUUUUCCUGCUGGAAAAGUUCCACUGUUGGUUCUGAUCUUCAGAAUGGAAGAAAAAACACCUGGAGGCUUUGGGUCUAUGUUGGUGUGUCCCAUGCACCUGUGUGGUGUUUAAGGAAGACUAGAGUAUGGACUGCUCUAAUGGUCUUAUUACUCUAUGUCAGACUCUCCUCCUGAUGACUCCUCUCACCUAGGAUUAAGAUAUGUGUGGCGCAGAGGUGGACAGAUGAAGAUGGAAGAGGAAGAGAAGAAUGGCACAGUGUAGAGACAUAUAGAGGAUGGAAAGGGUGAAAAAUUAAGAGAAAGAAAAAGAGGGCUAAAAGCACAGCACUGGCAUCACAGUCAAAAAAAAACUUUUUUUAUACAGCUAUGCAAUCUUUCUCCAUGAAAUGCAUGAGUUGCAUUAAGUUUGCCCCCUGCUAUAAAUUGCUUUUGGUGUGUCUGGUUAUCUUGUUUCUCGUACUGCUUAUAGGACUGGAGCAUGACGACAAUCAUAUCAAACUGUUCUCCAGUUGAACGAAGGGCUCUGUCAUCUUGUCUUAUAUUCCGCCAUACAGUUUUUUUGUUGUGCUCUUCCCCUUCUCUAGUAUGAACGUGACAUGUGAUAGCUUCACCUGUCUCUUAACUUCAGGCUUUUUUCCAGUAUUUGAUGUCAUA